CUUCGGAUCUUCAGUGGAAGACAGAAUAAGGAGAAAUUCUGGUACCAGAAAGGAGACAAGAUUAUUCCAGCAACCAUGGGACUAGUCCCUUCAGAUCUGACCGGCCUGGGGCAGCGCAACUCAGGAUUCUACGAGCACAGGAGGAGUUCUGUGGUGCUCAACUUAUCUGGACUUGAGGUGUUCCCCGGGGACCUUCUGGUGUCAGAUGGAGCCGCCGAUUACCUGUGCCACCCGCUUCUGCUGCUGAAUUCAGAAUCCAAAAAGCCAAGAUGGCCUUUCUCCAAGAGAGGAGUGCAGGGCAAAGACAAACACAAGCACAUAUCUGAUCUGAAAGACUGCCUCUCCUCUUUGAAGAUUACAGACUUCAGAGACUAUGAGUUCCACAGCCUGAAGGAUAAGACCUGGAAUGAAGUCGUGGAAACACAUCAAAAACUUCCUACUAAUCAAUUAGACUUGAGAAAGCAGCAAGAGGCUGUAUGGGAGCUCUUCACAAGUGAAUGCACUUAUUUCUUGGACCAUUUAUUAGUUCUUAAGAUGAUCUUCAUGAAUACAUUAAAAUACCUACAGACUCAUGAAUAUCUCCUGGAUGUGGAUUUAUGGAGACUUUUUGCAAACCUGGAGGAGUUAAGUCAGACAAGCUUUGGUUUUGUGAACAGUCUUUUCCACAUCUUCAAGGACUAUGUCGACACUUCUGAGACUUUACCAUCGUUGGAUUUCAUUUCCAUGCUCACAAAGUAUUUCCAAGGAAGCUUGUGUCAGAGCCACCAGACCUACUGCCUGAAUUACUCAGCUGCUGUCUUUUAUCUUGAGAGUCUGAGGCAGAGAGAGGACUUCGGAAUUUAUUUAAAAUGGUGUGAGCAAAAUGAACAGUGCAGACGCCUUCACCUGCCUGAGCUGCUAGUGGCCCCACUACACAGGCUGACUCGAUAUCCCUUGUUGCUGAAGAACAUCUGGAAAAGGAGUACUGACUCUACGGAGAAAAUCAUGAUCUACUCCAUCAAGGAAAAGGUGGAAAAGUCAAUCUGGGAUCUUGAAGGAAAAGUGAAGUGGCUUGACAAUUUUCAAAAAUGCAGACAUCUACAGGAGAUUAUAGUGUGGCCUCCACUUUGGGAUAGAGAUAAAAGGUUUUUCAUUCCAGAGUGCCUGAAACACAUUUUUAAAGAACACAUGGCAGAAAACAUCCUGUCACCAACCAACAGACACCUUCUCUAUGAAGGAAAAUUAACUCUUGCAGAAAGCACAAGAUUCCUAGAUGUUUAUCUGUUUCUCUUUGAUGAUUUCCUCUUAGUUACGAAAACUAAGCGCAACAAAAAGAAACUUGGAGGCUCAGACCCUGGUUUAAUGUGCCCUUCACUUAUUCCUGAGCUACAAACAGUAAUCAAAGAAGGUGGUUCAUGUAUGGUACUCGAUCAGCCCAUUCCACUAGACAGAUUGGUUGUCAGAGGUCUCGAUCCACUCCACAUGUCAGUCUUUGGGCUGAGAAAUUCUUUCCUCAUACAACAUGAAAACAGCUAUCGACAGUGUAUAGCAGCAUUCUUAUUACAAGCCCAAACAGAAAACAUCAAGAAAACAUGGAUUGCACAAUUAACAGCAGCAAUCUCUUGCUUCACCAAGAGUCAGGAAACCAAGAAGAUGUCCUUAUUCACUUUGCCUGCAGAAUCCUCGGAAAUUUAGGGACCUAAAACAAGUGGCACACCUUUUUAGACAUUAGGGAUUAAGGUAUUCUUUCAUUCAAACUUGUAACACUUACCUAGUAAUGAGCUAAAAGAAAAUGUGCAUUUUAAAGAAGUUCCAGAAUUUAAGCUAGGAAAUUCCUCAGGGUAGAGUAAUAAUGGCUGCAACAAAUUUGAACCGGAAGGAAUUUCUUGGUAAGUGUAUACAUGCUGAUAUCCAGACUAUGUUAUAGUGCUUCAGUCAGGCUUGCAAGAGGGGCGAGGGAAGUAUGAUGCUAUUAUAAUUCGUAAAAGGUGAAUGAUCAGGUAAAUGCAGUAUCAGGAGGAAAACAAUGCCCACUGCUUGCAUCUGAUAUGAAUUCUAGCAUCUUACUUUGUGUAUAUCUGUAAUGAAACCAAGUUUCCUACAUGACUUAUAAAUCAGCCUUACUGCUCUACAGUCCUACCUCAUACAAAGUUUGAUUGCUCUUUUAACAUACUAAGCAAUGAAUAAUAAGGUCUCCAUCUUAGCAGUUUUUAAAUUCCUAGUCGCCAACAGUUUAUUUAUCUCAGGUAUACUUUAUAUAACUCUUAACAUGGAAGGAGAAAAUCCCAAAGACUAAAUUCCAUUGUUUUAAGAAAGAAAAAGCAAAUAUCUGUUCCAGUUUCACCAGUUAACAGUUUUACUUGGGAAAUUUCAUAGAAAUAGUAGGAUAUCUUUCUCUAAGUCUCACUUUUUGAAGAACAGUGGAGUUUGUCAUAAAACUUCUUUCUGGUUUUGAAUGUGUGUGUGUGUGUGUGAGCACAGUACAGUUACUUUGUCUUAUUUGGCAGGACUUGAAACAUCAUUAGAAUUUCUUAAGAAAGACAGCUUGAACUAUUAUCAUGGUGGAAUAUACUGUUAACUGCAUGUAAGGAACUAGUUCUUAUAGUCAGAUUAUAUCAAAAGGAAAUCCACAGAUUUCAAUUUCAGACAUGGUAUCUUUUGCAGUUUCCAAAAUGGAAGUAGUAAAUUUAUCAACUUGGACUGCAAGACAAAUGAUACCUUAACUGAUCUCCUUAAGCUGGAGAAUGGGAUAGAAAGGAUGAUGCUUGGGGAAGUCACGUGCACAGUUAAUUCUCUGAGAAAAAUGUGAUUUCACCAUGUAAACCAGGCAGUAUAGACAAGUGCAGCAUAACAGUUCUUUUUAAGGGCCAAGCACCAUUAGAAUGGAGGGUCACAGCCCCUGUAUAAUAAUGUCAUAUUUAUUAGGAGUAAGUGAAAAUGAAAGGAAAAUCAGGAAAGCAGUAACUAUGGUCAAUGCCUAAGAAUAAAUGAGAAAAAAAGGCAAAGUACAGGAGAACAAAUUUCAAGUGAGUUCUUAGAGAUGAAAAAAAUGUAUUUUUUUAGAAAAAAAUUAACAAUUGUCUUGCAAGGAUUUCUAGAUAUCAGCCAACUUAGGAAAAGGGCAAUGGACUAGGUGAUCUCCCAAAAUUCCUUUUAGUCCGAGUCCAGUACACAGAUGUUUGUUUAUAUGUAUAAAACUAUUUUCUCCCUUAAAUCUCAUUAAAGGGAGAAAAAGAUUGACUAAAUUAACAUGUAAAUUUAAUUAGUUAAGAUGUAAAACAGCUUUAAAAUAUGCAAUAUGCAAAGAAAUAUUAGCACUUCUAUGUUCACUGCAGCACUAGUCAUAAUAGCCAAGAUGUGGAAAAAACCUUAAUGUUCACCAACAGAUGAGUGGAUCAAGAAACUCUGGUAUGUACAUACAAUGGAAUUCUAUUCAGCCUUGAAAAAUACGAAACAACAUAGAUGAACCUUGAG